AUGACCAAACGUACACGCAAAGUGGGUGUGACGGGAAAAUACGGUACCCGCUACGGUGCUUCGCUUCGUAAGCAAGUAAAAAAGAUGGAAAUAACACAGCACGCCCGGUAUACCUGCACCUUCUGCGGCAAGGACUCCGUGAAGCGUACCGCCGUCGGUAUCUGGCACUGCAGCUCCUGCAAAAAGACGAUCGCUGGCGGGGCAUGGACAGUAUCGACGACUGCGGCUGCUACCGUACGGAGCACUGUUCGUCGUCUGCGGGAGUUGACUGAGGCAUAG